GUGAUGUCAUCAGUAGGCGCCGCGAAGCCGAGUGUUGCAGUCUCCUGCCCGCUUCAAGGAUGGCGGUGGCGGCUGCCGGGAAGGUGAAGCAGGACAUGCCGCCUCCGGGCGGUUAUGGCCCCAUCGACUACAAGAGGCACCUGCCCCGGCGGGGGCUGUCAGGCUACAGCCUGUUUGCCAUUGGGAUCGGGACUAUGAUGUAUGGCUAUUAUAAAAUGAUCAGGUGGAACCGAGAAAGGAAACGCCUGGCCAUUGAGAACUUGGAAACCCGAAUUGCACUGAUGCCUCUUCUGAUGGCUGAGGAUGACCGAAGGGUGCUGCGCAUCUUACGGCAGAACUUCGAAGAGGAGGCUAAGAUCAUGAAGGAUGUUCCAGGAUGGACGGUGGCCGAGUCUCGCUUCCACACCACGCGUUGGGUGCCCCCCACCCCCGAUGAGCUGUACUACUUGCAUCCCCAGAGCGAGCUGGACAAUGCCAAAUUCGGCUGUCAGUUUUAUACAUAAGCGGGGGGGGGGGGGGGGGCUUGCCUUCCAAAACAGUAUAUUUGUUAAUAAAGUUUGGCGGAAACAA